AUCCUCCUCCCUCCCCCCGCGCCUGCCACCCCUCGUCCCCUCCUGCCCCUUCCUCUUUCCUGUCCCCUCGCCGCCUGGACCCUCGCCAUGUCGGACUCGACCCAUCCCCAUCCCGGUGCUCCGGGUACCAAGGCCGAGGAUUUCCCCACGCCGAUGGAUGAGGCCUAUGCGCGGCUCCUGUCCGACAAUGCCGAGCUGGAGCGCCGCUUCUCCGAGGUCAUCACGCUGCUCCAGUCGCGCGAGAGCCACAUUUCCCAACUCCAGGCGCUGCUCAGCUCCGAAACCCAGCGGGCGGACGCUGCCGAGGCCCGCCUCCUGGAGCUAACCACCGGCCGGGACUCGCUGCUCGCCUCCUCGGCGGCGACCACGGCGGCAGCCUACUCCUCGGCCGGUAGCUUGGCCACCGAUGAGGCGCUCGAUGCGGAGCUCGCCACUGCGGCGCAGCUUGACCAGCAGAUCAGUGCUCGUAUUGCCACCCUCAAGCAGAACGCCGAGCGUCGCCAGGUGUGGAUGCGGUCAAUGGUGACGCGCCUGAGCGCCGAGGUGAACAAGAUCGAGAAUUGCCAGCGCAUCAUUGCUGGCAACACCGAGAGCCUGCGUCGGGAGCCGGCGAACUCCUCGGCCGUGGCUUUCGGGGGGACCGCCAGCUCGUCGGGCACUGCCGCGCCCGUGCCGCAGCCGACCAGCUCGCUGAUCAUUUAGGCCCCCCCCGCCCCCCCUCACACCUGGCGUUUGUUCCUCUCCCCCUCCCCCCCUGGUUCCUGGGGGUCUUCACAUUCUUCCCUCCCCUGCCGAUCACCGAAAAAGUUCAUCCAAUCGACCUCUGCUCUUC